AUGUUUAUCAAUGAUGCAAGUCACUGGUGGGAUUCGAUGUCCCAAACUAGGACUACGGAGCAGCAAUUGGCAAUAACUUGGGAACAAUUCAAGGAAGAAGUGAUGGACAAAUAUUUUCGUCAAUCUUUAAGGGAUUUCAAGGAGAACGAAUUCCUUCAACUUAAGCAGGGUAAUAUGUCCCUAACGGAUUACGAGCAGAAGUUCGAUCAACUCUUAAGGUAUGCUCCACAUCUGGUUGACACGGAAAUGAAGAAAACUCGAAGGUUUGAGCAAGGGUUAAACCCAAACCUAAAUAUGAUCCUUAUGUCACAUCGCUUCACAUCGUACCGUGAGAUGCUGGAACGAGCUCACGCUAUCUGGUAUCAAAAGGCUAAUGCAGAGCAACAUCGUCAAUUGUACAACCAGCAGGAUAAAGGGCAAAUUGGAAAGAGAAAGUAG